AUGGCUGCCGCGAAAGAUGCAAAGUCGAAUGCUUCGAAGAUGCACCGCCGUUCGCGCACAGGUUGUUACACUUGCCGUUUGCGCCGAAAGAAGUGUGACGAGGGAAAGCCCGGCUGUAAAGCAUGCAACCACUUGGGUGUUUCUUGUGUUUACAAACGUCCCAUGUGGUGGAGCAACACUACCAAGCGAGCAGAACAGAAAGAAAUGGUCAAAGAAAGGAUUAAGUUGACGCAAAAUGCCAAAAAGGCAAAAGACGCAAGCACACCUCCUCCAAGUCUCUGCAAGACUGAGACUUUCUCUGAUUCGAAACCUCCAUCGCGAACACCGUCUGUUUGCACGCCGUAUGCUCCUGAGAUCAGCUUCAAGCAAGUCUCGCCAGAAGAUUAUUUUGCUCUUCCACCACCAGAGAUACUAAUGUCUCAUCCGCCUCAUCCUAUGUUUUCUCCUUAUGAAGUGGAUAUCAAGACUGAACGCCAGAUCUUCAUCAAUGACGUUCCGACUCGACGAGACUCGACUAUCUCAACUUUCAGCACAUUUCAGCCACCGAUGGGAUCAAGUUGUCAAGGCCUUGCUCCAGAGAGCUGGGUUCAGCAAGACUACUUUGAGAUGCAACAAGAAUCGUUUACUGAAGAGCCGGUCAACUUCGACUUCUUCGAUCUGCCCCAUGAAAAGCCCGCACCGAAUCACGAGACCAUCAUCGAGGUAGAUGAAGUUGACAAGCCAUUACUGAAUCAUUUCAUACAAAAGGUUUCGAAGCUCAUCUUCCCAAUCCUUGACGCCAACCAGCACAGUUCUACUCGUUCGGACAUCAUCCUGCCCGCGCUCGAAACUAACAAGAGCUAUCUUCAUUGCUGCUUGAGUGUUUCCGGCCUCCACAAGAAGUCUACCGAGGACGUUCCCUCAGAAGAGAUCGAUGAGCACAUCUUGCGACACCGCUAUGCAGCGAUAUCUGAGCUCUGUGCCGCAUUGAACGAAGACAAGAACCAUGCCCAGAUCCUUGAAGCCACUCUCGGCAUGAUUUUCUUCCAGUGCUCUGUCGGCCGACCAACAGACUCGAUCCCCGAUAUACCUUGGCACCAACACUUCCAAGCUGCGGCUGACCUUGUUGAUCGACUUGAGCUUCCCACUACGGUAGUUAGUGCCAUGCAAUGUGGAGACGUGUCGCGUCCCCCAUUCAACAUGGCCCUCACGGCUUGGAUUGACAUUCUCGGAGCAACCAUGCUUGGACGCUACCCAAGGUUUGCUGAUACCUAUCGCGAUCUCAACAUCGGAAAAGGUAGCGCGGGACUGUCAGAGCUCAUGGGCUGCGACGACAAAAUCAUGUUUCUAAUUUCGGAGAUUGCUUGUCUCGAAGCUCACAAGCUUGAAGGCAUGGAUGAUCUAGUGCUCUGCGACUAUGUCAAGAUCCUCGGCCACAGCAUUGGCUAUUGCGAGCCAGGACCCGGUGCGGUCAAGAGCGCGUUCUCGGGCACUGGAGCCAUCAAGCCCAAACAGCUCAGCAUCAAUGUGACGGCUGCUUUCAUGUACGCCGCACGCAUCUACCUCUGCUCUUUGGUACCUGGCUUCCGACUUGACGACCACAAUGUGACGAAUCUGGUCAACGCUUUCUGUGAAGUCAUGGAGUACAUUCCGGCUGGACCGGAGGGGCACGACCGUUCAUUGGUGUGGCCACUACUCGUUGUUGGCUCGGUGUCGUUGCCCACAUCGACAUUUCGCAGCAUGUUUGGAGAGCGCUGUUCGCGACUUGGAGAAGCAGCCAACUUUGGGUCAUUCGGUCGUAUUCAUGAGCUCUUCAAGGAUGUGUGGAUGUUGGUCGACAGCGCGGCAGCAUUGGGAAGCUACCAGAGCAUCUCCUGGAGAGAUGUGAUGGCACAGAAGGGAUGGGACUUCUUGUUGAUUUGA